AUGGCCCCCAAGAGGAAGGCUGGCGCUGAUGACAGUUCAGUACCAUCAAAGCGGGCAAAGAGUUCCACCGGGCCAAACUCAGAUAGAACCAACUGGGAGGAAGUAGAGUUCGUAAUUAAGGCUCACGACAACAUCGUCCCAGAUCCUUAUGGGGCCACUUCCACCACAACCGCACCCCUCAAAUGGGCAGAAGUCGCCAGCCUCUUCAAUCAGCGGUUUGGCAGGACCAUUGGAGCAGCCGCAUGCGAGAAGCGGUACCGGCAGAAGAUAGCGGAGUACCGUCUACGGGAUCCUGCGUACCCGGACCCUAAGACGAUUGCAUACGUGGCAAAAACACAGCCAGCCAAAAAGGGAGCUCAAAAGGGCACUCAGCGUCCUCAGCCUCUGUCGGGUGUGUCUUCCCAGCCCACGAAGCCACCACCCAGACAGCCCGCAGGCACCGCAAUCGGCAAACAGCUGGGAGAUGUCCUGGGUCCUCAAGACUCUGAGGAGUCCGAUAGUGAGGAGAGCAUAGAAGACUCUGACUGCGACACCGAAUCCGACCAGAUGGAGGAUGCCGAAGCUUUCGGCGCCGCUGAACUAAAUGUGGAAACCAGCGUCACAACUCCUACCAUCAAUGAGCAUGAGGAGAUGGUCCAGGACUCAGUACCCCAGAAACGGUACGUUGACGAGCACCUGAAGAAAUCUGCCGCAGUAUGCGAACAGAUUCUUCCCAAGGAACUGAGGGGGAUCGCGAGACCAGAGUUCUACUUUGAAUACGGUGGUCCUGUCACGAAGGAAGACUUUGAAAAACGGGUCACUUUCGAGGUUACGACUAGCGACGGACUGAAAUGCGGCAGUGUCGACAUGCUUUCGAACGAUAUUCGGGCGAAUUCUGACUUCGUCGACAUGGCGCUGAUCUACGACAGGAGGAUUGGCGUCACGCUUGAAGUCCAAGGAUAUAGCAACUCAAUCGUGGAAAUCUUCGCACAGUGCUGCCACCCUUCCAUCGACAAAGACGACCUGCCAGAGUGUCUUCCGGCCUGUGUGGCCCAUCAAAAGCAUGUACUCUCGCGGCAGCUGGCUGGGAAAGCCAAGGCCCCCGUAUGCCUUCCGGACUGCCUGCAGAAUCAACUACGACACUGCCAUAUUCCUACCGACACAGCUAGGGAGGAUUUGCCUCAGUACCUACGCGUCCGGACAGGUGAAUCCCUCCUCCCUGAGUACCACUAUACUCUGGUCCGCCAACGAAAGGCUAAUGGAGACCUCCAACUGCUCCCAGUCGUCCGUCGUAUUGAGUGGACCAUGGAGGAACUGGUCGAGCUAUACCUUCUCGCAACCGAGCUCAAUGUCGGCCACAUCCGCGACAUGGUUAUGCAUCGCUGGUUGCAGACUAUGCAAGGCGCCGCGCCACCCCUAGACUUCGCUCCGGAGGUUUUGAAUCGGCUCUUUACACACCCUGAAGUUGGGGAGAGAGUAAAGUUGUUCUUCGCACAGUGGGUGCAUCAGGAGGGGCUGGUUGAUCAUAUACUGGAUUCUGAAGAGGAUUGGGAGGAGGAUUUUGCUCAGUUGGUGUAUUGUCUUCAGCGUGGCUUGGAGCAGCCUCCCGUGGUUGUCCCACUCUGUGGCCCGAUGCCGAAGCCGCAUGAGCCGGACCUCAAGGCGUUGACAACUCGCCUACUUCAAGCAGCCAGCCGGGACUAUACGGCGGCGUACAACCAGCUCGUGCGUCAGCUACCGGCAAGUAGGGAGAGCGGAGUGUGGACGGCCUCGACUAAAAUAGAUGGGGCCGAGCCGCUAUUUCAUGACUUCCUCCAAAAGAAGCGCAUUUUGGAACAGAACAAGCUGGAGGAAUCGACGGUAGUUGGUCUGGAUGAAGGAAACAACCUCUCAGACGCGGUUCCCGAUGUGAGCCCCAAGAUCUGGUCGGACAGAGACUCGUCCAGCCAGGACGAUUCGGAGGAUGAAGAGGAGUUGUGA